UUUGCAGAGAAAAUGAGUAGCGCCAUGAUCAAAGAGGCACUGAUUAACUCAAACAGCAAUAAUCUCUAUUUCUCUCUUAGGGCUGCAUUCUUUCAUUCCACUCCUCUCUUGCAACGUAAAAGGCGCAAUUUUUGGGACUCUAGAUGCAACCGUUAUUCGAGAAGAUUUAGAAAGAUUCAUGCAAAACAAAGAAUACUGCGCAGUGUCAAUGAUUAUGCAGACUUCCUGUUUCAGAGCUGGAAGGAAGAUAUUGAUGGGAAUGAUCCAUCUUCAAGCCAAGGAACCUCAUGGUUUAGAAAACAAUAUUCUGCUGGGGGCUCUGGAAGGUACAGGAGUGGCAAUCAAGGGUCAAGUCAACGAUACAGAAGAGAUCCUUUGUUUUGUGAAGAUGAUUUUGAUGUUGAAACCAUUUUCCGUUCUGCCUUUGGUGGGAAUAGAUUCUUCUAUUGGUCCUUCACCAAUGAGGAAAAUCCUCAGUGGAGGAGGUCUGGACGCUUUUCUAAUCAUGGGAAAUCUUGGAACCGGAGACAUGGGAGUCAAAGUGAUUAUGACUCUUCAUACGAGUCUGAUGGUUCGGAUUCAGAUUUAGCUCCUGAUAGAUUAGCCCUUGGGUUGAGUGCUUCUGGUCCUCUGAAACUUGAAGAAGUGAAAAACGCGUACCGGGUCUGUGCUCUAAAGUGGCAUCCUGAUCGUCAUCAAGGCUCUUCCAAGGCUAUGGCAGAAGAGAAGUUCAAGCUUUGCAGUGCAGCUUAUCAAUCUUUAUGUGAUAAGCUGGCCUUGGACUAAGGACCCUUCAGAUAUAUGCUAAUCCUUUUCUAGAAAUCUCCGGCCAGCUCAUAGCAGAUGAUUGACAAUGCUAAUUUAUUCAACAUCUCGAUCCUGCUUUCAUUGUAUUUUGUGGUUGAGUAAUUUUAUUAGAUAA